CUCAAUCCGGAGCCUAUCAGAUGUGACCGGUCAGGUAUCCUGUCCUCUUCUCAAGUGGCAGAAUUUGUAGCUCGGAGAUGUCUUGGAGGACGUUGCUUUGUAAUUGUUAAAACUUAUGGAGACAGUUUGGAAAUAUUGGAAUUUGCUGUUUUUAACUGUCCUUCCAUUAAAGCACUGUCUAAACGGGUACAUGCACAAUCUAAAUACACUAUUGUAAUUAUUGAUGAAGGAUAAUGCUCACUGACAAGUAUAAAAAAUGAUCAAGAGUGGUUUGUUGCUUCCAGUAAUGACCACAGUGUGAGUUACACGUCCCAACGCGCCAAGUUGGUUUUAGAAGUCAUGUUACCACCUGUUAAUUUUGGGGGAGUGACUUGUGUAAACCAGGGCCCCCUCUCGGUAUGGCCACGCCUAAUCAUCUGGUUCCUGAAGUUCAGUGUAGCUCCUGCACAAACUUUUCCGCUCUCCCGUCUAGUCUCACGCUGAGCCUAUUAUAGCCCCGUGAUUCCUUCUGGGAUUUAAUUCUUCAACGGGCGCUGAUCCAUCAAAAAGGUGGUGUCAGCAUGUCUUUGGCGGAUCAACAAUGGUGUCCCACAAGCGUCCAGGUAACGGUACUCCAAGCCAGAGGCCUCAGGAUAAAGGGGAAAAGCGGCACCAACGACGCAUACGCAGUCAUGCAGCUGGGUAAGGAGAAGUUUCAGACAUCAGUGGUGGAGAAGAGCGUGGCUCCUGUGUGGAAGGAGGAGGCCACCUUCGACCUGCCGCCGCAGCUGCAGGGAGCUGGUGGAGGAGGCGGCGCGGAGCGUAGCACGCUGCACGUCCACGUCCUGCACCGGGCCUUGGUGGGCCCAGACAAGCUGCUGGGGCAGGCUGUCUUCAACCUGCCGCAGCUAAGUGAGGACGAAACCCGCAACAAGAUCGAGUGGUUUAAGUUACUGGACAAGACUGGGAAACCAGAUAAAGACCGAGGGGAAGUCCUUGUGGACAUCCAGUUUAUGAGAAACAACAUGACUGCCAGCAUGUUUGACCUCUCAGCUGCUGGAAAAUCCCGUUCUCGCCUGGGCAAGUUCAAGGACAAAGUUCGUGGUAAGAAAAAGGAGUCGGACUCUGCGUCUAGUGUGGUGCCAUCCCUCCCUCAGGUUCUGACGGACAGUGAGGAAGAGGAGGGAAAUGGAGACGGAGUGGAAGAAGCAAGCAAGAAUGGAAAAUCAAAGAAACAUAAGAUGAAGUCUUUGUUUUCUCCAAAGUCCAAUCUACAGAGGAACAUGUCUCAGUCCAUGUCUGUUCUGCCUGCAAAAAACUCUUCGCUAAGCGGCAGUCAAUCAUCUGGUCUUAAUGUGGACUCGUCUGAGGGUAAAAAGAAGUUUAAGUUUAUGAUACAUAAACGCUCCAGUAGCUCAGAUAUCAAGGAUUCAUCUUCUGGUCAUCAAAAAUCGGUUCCUGUGGAGCAGAGUAACUUGUGCAUCAAUGGCAGCCAUAUUUACUGUGAAGAACCGCCUCCUCGGACCUCUCGCACUGGCUCCAACUACAGUCUGGCCAGUUCAGGCCAUGGAUCAAUGGAGGAUGUCCCAGACAACUCUCCUCCAUCUGUGGAUUCGUUACGGGCAACAAGGCAGUAUUCACCUUGGAUGGAGGAGGAAGAAGAUGAGGAAGAAAAAGCUGAAAAUAUACAGGAGAAUGUGGAUGAGUCAAAAAGGGAGGAAGAGGAAAGAAUCAAGAUGGAGAAGGAGGAGAGGAGAAGAAUAGAAGAGGAAGAAAAGACUCUUCACAGACAAAAAGAGCUUGAAAGUUUAGCUGAGGAAAAAUUGAGACAAGAAGAAGAGAGUAAAAAACUUAAAGAGAAAGUUAAGAGGGAUGAAGAGGAAAGAAUUAGGAAAGAUGAAGAAAAUAAGAGAAAGGAGGUAGAGAAGAGGAAAAGGGAAGAAGAGGAAAGGAUUAGGAGAGAAAAUGAGCAGAGGAGGCAAGAGGAAGAGGAGAGGGCAGAACAGAAGAGGCAAGAAGAGCGUAAAAUGGCUGAGGAGAAGAAAUUGAAAGAAGAAGAGGAGAGGAAGAUAGAAGAACAAUUUAAAUUGGAAGAAGAGCAAAAGAGGAAGGAGGAGAGAGCUAAAGAGGAGAGGAAACGACAAAAGGCAGAGGAGGAGAUGACGAGAAAACUGGAAGAACUGAAAAGGCAGAGGGAGGAAGAAGAGAGGCUUAAGCAAGAAGAGGUGAAGAGACAAGAGGAAGCAAUAGCAAGAAAAGAAAAGGAAGAAUUUGAGAGAUUGAUGGAAGAAAAGAGAAAGAUAGAGGAGGAGAAGAAAAGGAUUGAGGCAGAGGAGAAACUUAGAAUGGAGGAAGAGAUGAAAAGGAAAGAUGAGGAAAGGAGGAGAGAGGAAGAGCUUGAGGAAAAGAGGAGACACGCGGAACAAGAAAGGAGGAGAAUUGAGCAAGAUAAAAUGCAAAGGGAAGAAGAGGAAAGGAUUAGGAAAGAGAGGCUGAAACAAGAAGAAGAGACUCUAAGGCAACAACAAGAGGAGGCCAAGGAGAAAUUGAGGCAAGAGGAAGAAGAGAGAAGAAUGGCAGAAGAAGAGAAAGUUAAAAGGGAAGAAGAGGAAAGGAUUAGAAGAGAGGAGGAAAUGAGACGAAAGGAACAGGAUAUGCUAAGGAGACAAGAGGAGGAGAGGUUGGCAAAGGAGAUACUGAGACAAAAGGAAGAAGAAAGAAAAAAGUUUGAAGAAAUGGUUAAAAGGGAGGAAGAGGAACGUAUUAAAAAGGAGAUGAGAGAAAAGGAAGAAGAGAAGACUAGGAAGGAAAAGGAAGCAGCUGAGAGAUUAGCAAUGGAGACAAAAAGGCUACAGGAGCAAGAGAAGAGGAGGAUUGAAGAAGAAGCAAGAAAGAAGGAAGAGGAGAGGAUUAGGAGAGAGGAGAGCGCUGAGAAGGAAAGGAAAGAAAAGGAGGCAAAGAAGCUUGAGGAGGAGAUUUUAACAAGAGAAGUAGAAGAGUGUGAGAAGAAGGAAAGUGGAACAAAAGAUGAAGGGAAAGCUGCAGGGAACAAAUCCAAAGUAAGCAGUCCUACAGAUAUCACUUCCAAUAAUCCGUUUGAUGAGAAUACUUCAGUGGAAAUACCCAGCUCUUCUUCUGGACCUCACAGUCACAAAGCUCAAGAGGAAACUGUCCAGGAAAGAUGUUGGUCGUCUGUGUCAGUAGCAGGAAGCAGGGCUGGUUUUGCUAAUGAAAAGGUCCCUGUUAGUACUCAACGAGAAAAGAGACCAGCUCCUCGGCCCCCAGGAAAGAAUCAAGCAGAAAGACGGAGUCAAGACUGGCAGGAUGUGUCAGAAAUCAAGCAAACCAAAGAUAAAACUGUCAAAACUGUCAGUGUCCUCCCCCAACGCUCUGUGCAAAUUAUAACUCCUCAGAGUAAGUCUACUACAGAUUCAGAGAACACCCAGAGUGUGACGCAAAGCAAUGAUGCCAAAAUAACAUCAGCAAGGCACGGUAAACGUCCUGCACCGUCCAGACCUCCUUCUGUUGAAGAGCCUUCAACCGAGUCCAAAACAACUUUGUCCCACCAAGGUGUCUUGGAGACUAAACAAUCUGCUUAUGGCAUGAACCCAUUUGAAGAUGAUGAAGAUGAAAAUGAGCUCACAGCUCAAGAUGAUACAGCAGUCUCUGGUCCAGUACACUGGCCUCCUAUCAUGCCACAAAAUGCUGACAAAGAUGCUUCCUCUCAGGUGAAAGUCAAAUCAUUAAAGAUGGCUCAUGCUCCCCCGCCUCCUGCUAAGAAUGACACCACAUCUAGCAAUUUAAUCAACCAUAACAAUGAUGGAGGUCACAUUACAGGAACAUCUAGCGCAACUGUAGCAAACGGAGCACGGGAUCCACAGUCAGAGGCCAGAAAUGGUGUGAAUGUCCUGGAGAGUCCAAACCAAGGGUUGCAGCAGACAAAAGUGAAGACUAUCAUGGUGGCAGGUGUAAAAGAAGAUGGGCCUUCAAGUUCACGCAGGCUUCAACCUGUAAAACCUCUUAAUCCUCCUGAGCAGCAGUCUGCCUCAGUUCAAGUGGAAAAUAACAAAUCUGCAGGAAUUCUCAGUGGAAACCAGGCUAAAACGAAGGUUGACAGUGGACUGGCAGGCCCAUACUCCCAGCUGACUCGGGAGGAGCUGAUCUCACUGGUGUUGAAACAAGAGAACCAGCUCUCUGACAGAGAUAAAAAGAUAUCGGAGCUGGAACAGUACAUUGACAACUUACUUGUGCGGGUCAUGGAAGAGAAACCAAGUAUCCUGAUGUCCAUGAGCGCACUAAAGAAAGCCAUCUAAGUGGAUUCAUAGCUGACUGAUGUUCAGUUCAGAGCGCUGAUUUUACUUACUGCAGUUCUACACCACAAUCUUAUUUCAAAGAUUUGUUGGGCUCAUUAGUAGAACUGGAGUAUCUGGAGAAUUAAAACUUUGAAUUCAGUCUGAAGAAAUAAUCAAUUUAAAUGUGUUUCUCAUAUGAUACUAUGAAGGAACAUAUCUUCUAUGUAUGCAUUCUUGGCUUUAAUGUUGAGCAUAUUCAUGGAAAAAACUAAAUCUUUUUUCCCUUCUCUUGAGGACCAGCAUUUUCUACUGUAAAACUGCACUUUUUCUAUUUUUCCUGAAUGUCAGUGGUUUACAUGAUUCUGCAAACUCCAGAAAAUAGCACUUUAAUUACCGUACUUUAUUCUUGCAAUGAACACUGUACUUUACUGAACUUUUGUAAAGGUUACUGCUUUAACUGCUUAAAAAAUUUGUAAAAUAAAAUGAGGCAUUUAAACAA